CUGGCUGCGAGAGCCAUGAUACGGCCAUGAGGGGUUUUUGUCUUCUCUAUUUACUUUGUUUUCCGUCUCGGCCUAACUGCCGUCACGAUAAGACGUGUUCGAGUAAGUUCGAACCUUGUGAUUUUUGGAACGUUGCUUAAGACCUUCCUAGGCCUUAUUCUAUUCAUUAUAAGGAUUGGAGAAUAGCGUAUGGGGAUAACCUUUUCCCCCGGAGCCAUUACAGAACAGAACAGAUUACUUUGUUUUCCAUCUAAUGUCUCUAGUAUAUAGAAUAUCCAAUUAUAUAUAAAGAUCGAAGAGUGAUAUCGAUACUUCAAUGUUCUCAAGUAAAGCACAGUUAAUAAAACGUACUGGAAAGAAUGGUGUUGGACGUUAUGAUUUUUUGAAGCUCUUAGCUACUGAAUAUCAAGUAACUAAAUCUAAAGACGCGAAAGAGCAAGUGCUGGCAAAUCUGGCAAACUUCGCUUAUGAUCCUAUAAACUACGGAUAUAUAAGACAGUUGUCCAUAAUUGAUUUGUUUCUUUCUGCUUUGUCUGAAGACAAUCUAAGAUUAGUACGUUUUGCCAUUGGUGGUAUUUGCAACUUGUGUGUAGAUGCUAUUAAUAAGAUAUAUAUUCUACGUAAUCGAGGUGUCGAAUUGGUAUCAUCACUGCUUUCCUCCCAAGAUGAAGAUGUUGUGCUCUCAGCAAUUGCUACUUUGAUGUUUUUGAUUACAUCUGAAUCAAAAAACGAAAUAACAUCAGCUGAUGUAACGAAACAUAUCUUAGAACAUUCCUGCAGCUCAAAUACCCUAAGGUUGAUUGCUGACACAACCAUGAAUGAUCUGAGAGAAGGAGACCAAGUGUCAAUUUUCAAAGUGAUAACAAAUGACGACAUACUCAAGUUUGCUGAAUUGACAGGUGAUUAUAAUCCAAUACAUGUUGAAUCAGCAAAAAACAUUGCGCAUGGUGCUUUACUCAAUGGCUUAGUGUCAGGAAUAAUAGGUACAAAGUUACCUGGUCCAGGUACUAUAGUUAUUGAGCAAAAUCUUACGUUUCCUAAGCCAUGUUAUGCCGGCGACACAGUGGAAGUUACAGUAAAAAUUGUGUCUGCAAAAAUGUUCCUGAUAUCAGUGAUGGUGGUCCUAUGCGUAUCGUAUUCUUAUACAGAAGGAAACAAUGUUUCAAGUACAGUUAGCUCAUCGACAAACUCGAGUGAACCGAUCGGUUGUGUUUGUGCUGUAUUUUUAAGUGGACAGUUUAAAAAAGGCAGCAAGGAGCAGCCCAAAGGAUAUCCCGCACUGCUCCAUGAGCAUCCGGAUUCAUUUCUAUGCAACGCUGUCGGGAAUAAGCUCUGCACUAACAAAUGUCUCGACGUUAUAGUAAGAUAUUUGCCGAACAGCGCUGCAACUCUCUGCGCUUCUAUUGAACGUGACUGCUACAAAGAAAGGGCCUAUCUCUUCAUCAAGAAUUGCAAGGACGAGUGGAUGAAUACAAAUCUUUCCGCGGGCAGAGAAUACUGCUGUAAAGACAGCCUGCCGUAUAAAUGUCGCUGAGAGUGAAACUUACGACGACGUUUUUGUACGAUGACUCUAAUUUAUAAAUUAUAGACGACUUAAGUGACAUUUAAUAAAUACACCGAUUCGACA